CUUCCCACCCAGCAGUGGCACUUCCUUGGCCCAGGGCUGGGAGGAGGGGACACACGUGUCACCCAGGAGGGCUCCCACCGACCAGGGUACACCAAGGCUCUGCAGCAGCUCUCUUCCAGUCAGGACAUGGCACAGAUGGUGACAUCAGGCACCUCCCCAGAGGGACCCCGCCCUUCCUACAUGUACAAGGUGGUGCUGCUGGGCAGCAUGUCCGUGGGCAAGUCCAGCCUGGCCUACAGAUACGUGAAGAACGACUUCAGGGAGCUGCUGCCCACUGUGGGAUGCUCCUUCUUCACCCAGGUACUGGAGCUGGACGAGGCCACUGUCAAGUUUGAGAUCUGGGACACGGCAGGCCAGGAGAAGUACCAGAGUGUCUGUCACCUCUACUACAGGGAUGCCCACGCUGCCCUCCUCGUUUAUGACAUUGCCAACAAGCAAACAUUCAGCAGAGCAAAGCUGUGGCUGGAGGAGCUGGAGAAGAAAUUCCUGCCUGAUGAAAUCGUGAUUGCUCUGGUGGGCAACAAGACAGACCUUGCUGCUGAGAGAGAGGUCACUACUGAGGAGGGGGAAGACUUUGCACGAACAAAAGGUCUCCUGUUCAUGGAGACAUCUGCAAAAUCCAACCACCAGGUGAAUGAUGUCUUCAUGGCCAUAGUCCAAGAGCUCCUGAGGAGGGAGAAAGAGAAGGCACCCAGACCAUCCCCACAUGGGAGGUCCACCGUGGACCUGAGGGCGAGCGGGGCGAGGACGAGGUGCUGCCGGAGCUGAGGAUGUGACACUGUGCACUCAGCAGGGCUGGAGCCCACCUCCAUAGGGGCAGUGACAGAGCAGGGGGGCUCAGAGCUGCAGGGACAGCUCAGCCUGGCCACCCUCGCUCUCAAAGCCCACCCAGAGCACAUCCUGGCCUGGUACAAGGGGCCUCUUCAAACCUUUAGCUCCAUCCUUAGCCGGGAGAUAAAGCACAGGGGUUUCCUCCAACAAUCUCCCAUUUCCAGGUUUCCUCUACCAAUCUCCCAUUGCCAGGAACACUGCCACCAACUCUGACUGGUGACAUCCCCCCACCCCCAGCUGUCACCUCCUCCUUCUGAAAAGGGAGGGUUUCAUUUCCCAAAGCAAAGAUCCUGGUGGUUUUACACCCAGGCU